AUGAACGAUAGUACUAAUAUUGCAACAGCCACUAAUGGUUAUAUCAAUCCUUUUGAUACAGGUGACAAUUCUUGGAUGUUAACAUCAACCGUAUUAGUAUUAUUAAUGACACCUGCACUGGCAUUUUUCUAUGGUGGUAUGGUCGAUCGAAAGAAUAUUUUAAAUCAACUAUUUUUAUCGUUUAUUUGUAUGGGUAUCAUAACUGUACAAUGGGUUCUCAUUGGUUUUUCAUUUGCAUUUGGUCCACCUGUAAGCAAAGGUUUUGGAUCAUUCGGUUGGUCAGUUUUACGUUUUGGUGAAGUCGAAAAUAUAGACUAUAGUCCUACAUAUUCUCUAUUGACAUUUUGUAUGUAUCAGUGUACAUUUGCAAUUAUUACACCAGCUCUUAUUUCUGGUUCUAUUGUUGGUCGAAUGAAAAUGAUUCCAUAUAUGAUAUUCAUAUUUAUUUGGACGACAGUCUGCUAUGAUCCAAUGGCACAUUGGGUUUGGGGUAGCAAUGGAUGGUUGAAAACUUUGGGAACACUCGAUUUUGCUGGUGGAACUGUUGUUCAUAUCCUUUCGGGUGUAUCUGGUUUUACAGCGUCGAUUAUUUUAGGAAAACGACACGAUUAUGAUCCAUACAGUACUUCUGCUCAUAAUCUUCCGUUUACAAUUUUGGGAACGUGCCUUUUGUGGGUAGGUUGGAACGGAUUCAAUGGGGGUUCUGCAGGUUCUGCCAGUGAUGUAGCAGCUAUGGCUGUAGUCAAUACAAAUACAGCUGCUGCUUCAGCAUUGGUAACAUGGGUAGUGAUCGAUGCCAUACGUGGUCACAUAUCAAUUUCAGGCGCUUGUACGGGUUCUAUUGUUGGUCUUGUAUCUGUUACACCAGCUUGUGGUUUUGUUCAACCUGGCUGGGCAUUACUUAUCGGCAUUAUUGGAGCGGCCAUUGUCUAUUGUCUUUUGUUGCUCAAGCGAUAUAUGCGAUUCGAUGAUACACUAGAUGUUGCUAUUGUUCAUGGUUGCGGUGGUAUAUCUGGUGCUUUUAUGACCGGACUAUUUGCUGAAAAAUGGGUUAAUUCAAGUGGUGGUGCUAAUGGUGCAUUUUACGGACAUCCGAUUCAACUUUGGUAUCAAAUUGCAGGCAUUCUUACUGCUAUUGGUUUCGCUUCUGUCUGUACAGCCGGGAUUCUACUUCCAUUACACUUUACCAUUGGUAUUCGAUUAGCGCAUGACGAUGAACUUACAGGACUUGAUAUAGCAGCUCAUGGCGAAAAAUGGGAAGCGGCUGCAAAUCGUGCUGCUGCAGAUCUUGUCCAACAAAUGCGAGAAAAACAAGAACAAGAUGGAAACGGAGUCGAUUAUGAGAACGACAAUGGAACUUUUGAGCUGUCAUAUAAACCUGCCAAUGCCGAUGCCAAACCGAUCACAAUACAAUAUUCUGCUCUAAGUGCAUUACCACCUAUUAAUUUUCGAAAUUUUUCAGAAGAUGCAUUACCAUAUGCACAAUUAAUGUGUCUUGAUAAAAUGUUAUUAACUGUAAGUAUUGCUGGUCUUGAAAGAUCAGCCGAUUCAUCAUUGUCAGUUGUAAAUGCAAAUGUAGUAGCAAAUAUUAAUGCUGAAUCUGCGCUUGAACAUGAAGAUUAUCGAACAAAAUGGUCACAAAUUCGACAACUUUAUCAUACUGAAUUGGAAGAAAAAAACAAUCACAUGUUAACAAUCAUGAACGGUAUUGAAAAAGAAAUUCAUGGUUUAACAUCACGAAAAAUGUUCAACAUGUAUCGUUUCGAUCAAAUGUAUCUUGCUAUUCGACCUGCUCAUCUUCAAUUAGAUGGAAAAAUAUAUUAUGUUGAUCCAAAUUCACCUAUAAUAUAUUCAAAUCAUUUUAUCGAAGGUCGAUCUAAGUCUAAUCCAACAAAAUAUUAUCAUGAUGUUGACAUAAAAUUAAAAAUCGAUAAUAUACGAACGGCUAUCAUUCCUUCUUCUCUGAAUCAUAAUAUUUCAUGA